UCAGCGUCGCGGCGGCGGCAGUGUGUAGCGCGCCUGUGACCUUCUCACCACCGACUGUUUCAGCGGACCACAGAGGACAAGAAUUGGAAGUCUUACUGUAGUUCUCCGCCUUCUACGACAGCGAACUGAACUUCAAGGAUUAUUAAAGACUGAUUAGGUCGGGGCAUGCCACAGAGGGUGCUGCACCAACACUAACGACGUCUAGUGGAGAUGCGGUCGGAACCCGGAGUGAUUCUAGAUGAGGAGGCGAGCACCGGAUGUUGCUGGGACUCAACCGCUGCGAGUCAACCGGACACAGAUACCUCUUCAAUUAGUGACGAGGCGAGUUUGACGGAACCAUUGACAACCAGAAGUCGCAUAUCCGGAUCCGGCAGUAGCGCUGGCCGGAAAAGGAAACCAAUUUUGAACGCGAGGGAGAAGAACAUGAGAAGACUGGAGAGCAACGAACGAGAAAGAAUGAGAAUGCACAGCUUGAAUGACGCCUUCCAGUCAUUGCGAGAGGUAAUUCCUCACGUGAAGAAGGAGCGGCGCCUUUCUAAGAUAGAAACCCUCACACUGGCCAAGAACUACAUCAUGGCUCUGACAAACGUCAUCUGUGACAUGAGGGGGGAGGACAGCCCUUACGAGAAGACCCUCCCAUCUGCCACAUCGCCAUCACCGUCAACCACGCCAGGGGAUGAGAAGAGCUUCUACGACUUUGAGUAGUCCACUUCCCCCUGCACAUCGCAACUCGAGAACAUAGACUUCAACAUUUUAACUAUCUAGUAUAAGUAAAUGAUUCCACAGACUGUUAAGGACUGAUCAUUAUGGAAUCGAAUGGGAAUCAACUAUAGACAAUUGACUAGUUUCAUUGUAGUGAGUUUGUUGCUUAUGCACGAGUAGAGUACAACAGAAGGGGUUAUAAUUUGUGAUAAUUAUUAUAGGUGAUAUAUUUUGUAAUCAUAAACUUUAGAUGAAUUAUGUAGUGAACCCAUAAGAGAAUGGUUGGUAUAAAUUACGUUGUUAUGUUAUCUUGUACAGGAACUCCUAACUCUAACCAUAGUUUUAAGUAUUCAAAAUGGUUUGGUCCAAGGUAAACCGGUGAUUUUAGAAAAUAGUUUCUUGUAAAGAUACAUUAUGGUAAUAUUCUAUCUUACAAAAUGAAUCUAGUCAAAUAUGCGUUAAGUUCAAUUCGUAAAUGUAAAGUGACAUGUAUGUGCCAACAAAUGUGAUUUAACAAUUAAUUAACUAAUACUGUAUAUUAAUGUAUGUUAAUUGUCUUUCGCUUUUUGUACACUUCCAUUUAACUAUA